CUCAGUGCCGAGUCUUUGCCGGGGACGCUUCGUGAGAGUGUGUGUGUUCAAGUUGAGUGUUUGGUGAAUUUUCCCUCGAGGACUUACCAGUGACGUUGAGCAGGAUGCAGCAGAGUCAGGUGAUAGGGUGGGCCCUCGUGGUCUUGGUGGGCUGCUCCGCGGUGCUGCCCGUCCUGGCGCUCCCGCACCAGGUGCCGCCGCCACAGCAGCUGCAGCACCGACAGUACCCAGUGUACCAGCACCCCGGCCAGCAGCAGCAGCCCCACGCCGAGGCCCGCAAGUACGCCGAGAAGCCCAACGCCAUGAAGAAGGUGCCCAUCGACAACGAUCUGGACGACAUCCAGACCAACCAGAUCUCGCAGGACGGCUUCUCCUGGGGCAGCAUGCUCAGCAUGAUCAUGCAGAUGUUGUUCAACGGCGGCGCCCAGGCCGGCCCCAGCAAGUCCGAGGGUCUGGAUGACGAUGUACGUCCAACCACAACCACCACACCUCCACCUCCACCGCCCUCUAAAACUCACGACUCUUCAGACUAUGCACUUUCACAGUCCAUGGCGCCCGCCUCCCCCUGGGCCCAGGUCCUCCAGGUCGGACUCAAGAUCCUCUCGCACUUCCUGGGCGGCGGCGCCGCUGCCGGUGACGGCAUCGACAAGGUCGACAACUCCUCCCCCAUGCAGGGUAUCAUCGCCGCUGUGCUUUCUACCGUGCUGGGAUCUAAGGAUCCCGACCAGGUGGCCACCAUGGCUAAGCAGGCCGGAGAGUUCAUCAACAUCGUCGUCAACCUCCUGGACGCCCUCAAGACCUCCUUCAGCCACCGCUCCAUCGCCGCCCGAUCCCUCGGCAAGAAGGACUCCGUCUCCGAGGCCGCCGUGGCCGGCAUCAGCGUGCUCAAGGGCUACGUCAGGACCUUCAAGACCAGCGACGACAACUGCAUGCAGAAGUUCCUCUGCGAGGCCAACAGGGAGUGCUCCGCCGACCAGCAGGGCUCCAGCGCCAUCUACUGCCAGCUGGGAUCGUACGCCGCCAGCUUCUUCCUGCAGAGGUCCACCGCCACGCCCUUCGACAUGUACUACGAGGCGGGCCGCCGCGGCAGGAGCCAGGCGGACUGCCAGCAGCUGUACCUGCAGUGCAACGAAGUCUAGGCCCCCGCGACGCGAACCAAACGGACUUUGUAAUCAAUUUAUUUAUUAUUUAUUUGGAAAACAGUGUGGCGCCGGCCAAAAUAGCGGCGACGAAAAAGCAAGUCGGCCGCCCGGUCACAAGCCCGUUUCAAGAGGACGGCGUCUUCGUGCUCACCACCGACGAGGACGAGGGUGCGAACCCUCUCCGAGAACAAGACGGAGGGCCGCGAUGUAACGCGAGCACCUCCCUUCCCCUUGCACCCAGAGCUUUGUGUCCUUCGCUGUCCCCUCGCGGGCCUUCUUCGCGGUGCUUUGGGUGUGUGACUGCAGGAAGCUAACUGGAACGGGGCCACUCCCAGGCCCUAUCCUCUCCGUCCAGGUGGCGGGCCGCGCUGCCUCGCCAGAGGAACGCGGCGCGCUCCGCCCGUCUCUAUUUAUUUUACCUUUAUUUAUUUGGCGAGACCAAUAGCCGACGCGAGCGCAUUGCACAAAAUGCUGAAGCGGCACCGAGGCGAGGGGCGAACGCGCAGGGGGGCGGCAGCCUCCACAGGCCGUCUGCAAACAUUCGGAGCAAGACCGCGUUUCGGUUCAAAUUCCAAAUUUCCCUUCGGCCCCGCGGCUCGGCUCCGCGUUGUGGAGUCUGAGGUUCCCUUGCGCGCCCCCGCUGGUCCGGGGGGUGUAGAUAGAGCGCUCUCAGGGCAGAGGCGCGCGAGCCAUCCCUGUCUGGCACUGCGGGCGCUCUCCCUGCGGUACACUGCAAUGCACUGCAGCGGCGCGGCGCUCACAGGGCAGGCAGGGCACGCGGGCCGAGCCGGCGCGGCUCCAGGCUGCCCCAGGCCCCACGCUGGAGGCGGCCGUCGGACCGGGCCGCGCAAGGCCCCGUGCUCCGACCACGGUCAUCCGUAGCGGUUAAGCUAGCGUUAAGACUUAGCUUUAUUCUUGUCCUGUGUUGUUGAUACUUGUAUAGAUUUUUAUUUGUGGAACCCGGGGGCGUCCAGGGAGGCGCGACGCGGGGGCCCCAGGGUUCAAUCGGAGUCUGACUGAUAUUUUAAUGAAGCGAAGGGGCGUGCUGCUUGGUGCUGCUGUCCGAACGCUUGUCGUAUGUUUCAACCAAAAUAUGAUUUCAUCUUCAGACGCUUUGAGUGAGCGACGUGAAGUGUCCCUGUGUGUGAAUGAAUGUUUAUAAAUAGUUUAUUUAUUUAUUUGUAGUGGUGAUUGUAGAUGUGACUGUUUAUUUAUUUUCUGUUUUGCACGAGGUUCUAAUUACCUCGUGUCUCAUUCUCGCCAAAACUAAUAACAGAACUGAAAAAAAAAUGGGUUCAAUGUUCUAUUUGUUUUUUAAUGUUUCAUCAGUAUUAAUACUUCGUAAAACAUUCCGGUUUUUCUUUUCGUUUCUGAAAACUUUGUGAAUACAAUCAUUUGUAUUUUUUUUCUGUUGAACUGUCAACGCCAACUUUGUCUCUCAACGAAUAAAAACUUUGAAAAAAUUA